AGAACCACAGUUCCUACAUUGCCGGUAACGACAGAGCAAAGCACUUUGACCUCUACCUUGGCAGAGACCACCGUGUCUAGUACAACAAGGGAGAGGGCUAGUACAUUUCAAUCGUCUUCAGCCACGACAACGCUUGCUGAAUCCACAGCGGCGGACAAAACCACAACCGCGCAAAGAACGACAGUUCCUACUGUGCAUGUAACAACAGAACAAAGCACUUUGACCUCAACCUUGGCUACACCAACUUCUACAACAAUGAGAGCAACAAGCACAUCUGUCAGCACUUCUGUAGGUAUUUCAACCGUUGACCAGUCUACAAGAGAUUCCACAAUUGGCACUACGGAGGAAGUCAGCUCGACCAUAAGUACUUCGAGGACCACGGUCCAGCCAACAACAUAUAUGGAAUCAACACUGGAAGGCCAAAGAACAUCCUCACAAAGUACCAGAUUUUCCACAAUGAAACCAAGUACAGAAGAAAGCACUUUGAUGUCUACUGCUCAAGAGACAACUGUUAUCGCUACGACUUCAGCGCUGACGAGCACAGUAAUAUCGUCGGAACCAACAACAACGAGUGCAACAAGCCCUUUUGCCAGCACUUCGAUCAGUUAUUCAACCGUUCGCAAGUCUACAGCCUAUCCGACAAUUGACACGACAGAAGAAAUAAGUCACACCACCACUACUUCAAAAACAUCAGUCCAGCCAACAACAUAUAUGGAAUCGACACUACCAGACUUAAGUACGACGUCACAAAGAACCAUAUUUUCUACAGUCGAGCCUACAACAGAUCGCAGCACUGUAACAGUUGGUGGGACGACCCUUUCCCGUACAACAAUGAUGAAGACCAGUACCCAUGGACUGACGUCACCAACUUUUACAACACUAAGUGCCACAAGCGCAGGUUAUUCAACUGUUGGUCAAUCUACAGAGCAUUCCACAACUGAAGAAAUCAUCUCUACCGCCAGCAGCUCAAGGACUUCAGUCCAGCCAACAAUACCUGCAGAAUCGACACUGGCAGACCAAAGUACAACAACCCAAAGGACAAUAUUUUCAACAUUGAAUCCAAGUACAGAGCAGAGUAUUUUAAUGUCAACUGCUGAGGAGACAACUCUACCUGUUACUACUAUGGUGCAUACUACACCAGUAGAACCAACGACACAAAUAUCUACAACGAUGACUACGAUUUCUAGCUCUUCAGAAAGUCCUUCCACCAUUAGCCAGUCUACCGUAGAAGAGACAACGAUGCCUGCUACGACAACGGCGCAUACUACGACUGUAGAACCGACGACACAAGCAUCGACAACGAUGAGUGCAGCAAGCACAUUUGCUAGCUCUUCAGAGAGUCCUUCCACUGUUAGUCAGACAACUGCUGAAGAGACAACCUUUCCUUCUUCACAACAGUGCAAACCACCACAGUAGAACCGACAACACAAACAU